GACACAAAUCAAGAUUGCAAGCCAAGCCAUCGCCGGAGAUGAAGGUGCCGCUGCCGCCGCUCCACUCGCCGUCGUCGCCGGUGGCCAAGAAGGCACGCCUCUCGCCGUUCGUCCUGUUGCUGCUGCUCUUCCUCCUCCUCUUCUCCUUCCUCUACGGAGAAGACCUCAGGGAGCUCGUCGGACGGCAAGCACAAGCGCGGCCGCUGCUCCAAUUCAAUGCCGCCAACGUCGUCGGCGGCGACGGCAAUGGGAUCGAGAUGCCGGCAACGGCGGCACCCGAGGUGGUGGAGGAGGAGGAGGUGAGGAAGACGAAGAGGUGGCGGGGGCGGCUGCCGUUCGCGGCGAACGGCGACGACGAGGACGAGGAGUGCGACGUGUUCUCCGGGAGCUGGGUGCGGGACGAGGAGGCGCGGCCGCUGUACCGGGAGGCGGACUGCCCCUACAUCCCGCCGCAGCUGACCUGCGAGGCGCACGGGCGGCCGGAGACGGCGUACCAGCGGUGGCGGUGGCAGCCGCACGGCUGCACCCUCCCGGCGUUCGACGCGGCGGCGAUGCUGGAGGCGCUGCGCGGGAAGCGGGUGAUGUUCGUCGGCGACUCGCUGGGCCGGGGCCAGUUCACGUCGCUGGUGUGCCUCCUCCUCGCCGCCGUCCCGGACCCCGCCGCCCGGUCGUUCGACAUGUCCCCCGACCAGCAGCACUCGGUGUUCACCGCCGUGGAGUACAACGCGACGGUGGAGUUCUACUGGGCGCCGUUCCUCCUCCAGUCGAACGCCGACAACGCCGCCGUGCACCGCAUCUCCGACCGCAUGGUCCGCCGCGGCAGCAUCGCCCACCACGGCCGCCACUGGGAGGGCGUCGACGUCAUCGUCUUCAACACCUACCUCUGGUGGUGCACCGGCCUCCAGUUCCGAAUCCUGGACGGGCCGUUCGACGUCGGCAGCGGCAGCGGCAACACGUCGGAGACGACGGCGACGUCGACGUGGGUGUCCACCGAGGAGGCGUACGCCAUGGCGUUCCGCGAGAUGCUGCAGUGGGCGAGGGAGUACAUGGACUUCGACCGCACCCGCGUCUUCUUCACCAGCAUGUCGCCGACGCACGGCAAGAGCCAGGACUGGGGCGGCGCCGGGAACGGCGGCAACUGCUACGGCGAGACGGAGAUGAUCGGCGACCCGGCCUACUGGGGCUCCGACAGCCGGCGGAGCGUGAUGCGGGCCAUCCGCGACGUCCUCGACGGCGACGGCGCCGACGUGCCGCUCACCUUCCUCAACGUGACGCAGCUGUCGCUGUAUCGCAAGGACGCGCACACCUCCGUGUACAAGAAGCAGUGGACGCCGCCGACGCCGGAGCAGCUCGCCGACCCCAGGAGCUACGCCGACUGCGUCCACUGGUGCCUCCCCGGCCUCCAGGACACAUGGAACGAGCUCCUCUACGCCAAGCUCUUCUACCCUUGAAGAGAACUUACUAGAACCUUCUAGAAGAACAACAUGUAUGACGCGAUGUAAGCAUGCACGCAGCUAGCUACUAGCUAGCAGUGUUCAAUAUUUUUGAAAAGAAAAAAAAACAACAUUCAAGGAAAUUUGCGCCUUUUCUCUAAAAAAACAUUCAAGGAAAUUUCAGAAAUUUCAAACAGGCAGUUUGAAAUUUGAACAAAUUUUCACUGAAUAUGAACAGAGUUGUGCUAUUCUUUUGCUGAAAAAGGGAGAAAUUUUAGUCGAGAAUAUUGAAACCUGAUAUAACUACAAGAAAAAGAAACAAGAAGAGCACAUUCUAUAGCAACUUGCUGUGAUUUGUUUUCCUUUUGGUUUGAUCAAUUUACUACAUGUCUAA